CAGUCAGGGAGUGUCGAUCGGAGCGUUUAAUCGGAUGUGAAGCAUCACGCUUCGGCUUUGUAAGAACCAAUUUUGAAACAAUAAUCCCUGAAAGGAUGUACAGGUUUUUAGUAAGAAACGCAAAAGAAGUGAACGACUGACGUGGAAAUUGGAUUGUCGGACGAGCAGGUUUCCGUCAGUGGGAUGCUGAGUGCCACGGCGGACUCAGUGGAGGAGAGGGAUGACGAGCAGGAGGAUGAAGGAGAAGAGGAGCUGAGAGAUGGAGGAGUCCCUUUCUACGUCAACCGAAAUGGCCUCCCCAUGGAUGAGGAAACCUGGGAGAGGAUGUGGCGCCACGUGGGUCGGAUCCACCCAGACGGCGAUGCUUUGGGGAAGAGCAUCCGUGGUGCGACUGACCUGGCCAAGAUUCCAAUACCAAGUGUGCCUACAUACCAGCCUACCACAGCAAUUCCAUUGCGCCUGGAAGCCAUACAGAAAUAUAUCAGGGAAUUACAAUACAAUCACACCGGGACACAGUUUUUUGAAAUCAAGAAAAGCCGGCCUCUUACUGCGUUGAUGGACAUCGCCAAGGAGAUGACACGUGAAGCCCUGCCAAUCAAAUGCUUGGAAGCGGUUAUCCUGGGAAUUUACCUCACCAACAGCAUGCCGGGUGUGGAGCGUUUCCCCCUCAGCUUUAAGUCUCAGUUCUCAGGGAACUACUUCUACCACAUCGUACUGGGAGUCCACAGCGGCGGACGCUUCGGUGCGCUGGGCAUGAGUCGGCGCGAGGACCUCAUGUUCAAGCCCCUGGAGUAUCGUACAUUGAUGGACUUGGUGCAGGACUUUAAAGAGGCCUACAGGGGCUACUGGCACACCCUACGAAAGGUCAAGAUCGGCCAAUAUGUGUCGCGUGACCCUCACAGCGUGGAGCAGAUCGAGUGGAAGCAUUCCGUCCUGGAUGUGGACGCUCUGAGCAAGGAGGAGCUGAGGAAAGAGCUGGAGAGGCAUACUCGGGAUAUGAGGCUCAAGAUAGGAAAGCCUGCACCUUCUUCUCCUACCAAAGACAGGAGAAAUAGCAUGGGUUCACCACUCAGAGGACAAGGAAGCCCCAUUCGCAGGGUCAGCCGAGUUGACAGACGCCCUUCUGGAGAAAAGAAAACUUUGGAACAGAAAGCAUCUGGAGACAUGAACAUGUAUCAGAUUCGUGUGUGAAACCUCAAAUUCAUCCAAAAAAAAGAGCCGCAUUCACUGUUAAGUUGUCAUAUCUAUUUUUUAUUGACUUCUUGAACAUUGUAGUUGCAUAACUGGUGCUGUUGUGUGUCAACAUUUUGACUAACUGUGCAAAUAUUCCACCGUACCUUGCAUAAAGGUUAAGAGUUAUCAAUCGACGUAAAUGUGCUACUUGAUAUCAUCAGUGUCAUUGUUAUGUAAGUGUGUUAGCAUGUGUCAAUUUACAUUUAAUCCAAGAAUGCUUAGUGUGAUGAUCAUAAAUGACCCUUGUGCCUUCCCACCCAGCAAAAACUGGUUGGGAAAAUGUUGGAAAUUUCACCCUGUCCAAAAAAAAAAUAAUGUCUGGUUUUGGUUGAAAAGUUAAAAGACGUCACUUUCAUGUCGUUGAAAAGAAGUCUAAAAAGAAGAUGUCCUUUUAUAGUCGAAAUUUGGUUGUACUGUAGCUUUGCUUGUGUACAUAAACAUGCUUUCUUUAUAGCAAUUUUUUUUUUUACUUGCCUUAACAAGUGAACACUUCCAAAAAGGUGUCAGUUAUGCUAUUAGUUGAUAGCACUUUUUAUCUUUGUACUUUUGAGAACUAUCAAGUUCUGCUGUUUUAUACGUCACUCUCGUCAUAUGUAAAAUACUCCACAUGGAAAACACGUAGUUAUUAAAUUGCCACAGAUUAAA